AUGCUCCCUGCCAACAUCACAGACUCUAUCAGAGGAGGAGUUCCUCUAUCAGUGGACUUUGAAAGUCCUCAGGACUAUGUCAUCUUUAUUUUCCAGAUCAUAUUUGCAACGGUUACUGUUCUGGUAGCCGGAUCGGUAGUCAUCAGCAUAUUGGCCACCUCAGCGCUCCGCCUCCAGAACAGGUUCAUUUUCAUGCUCAACACCAGUAUUUGUGACACGCUUGUUGGGGUCUCAGUGUAUUAUCUCGGUCUGUUUGAUGUUCAAGAGGGAUACCCGCCUAGGAAUGGAACUUAUAAUAUUUUACCAUCACUACUAGGGGUCAAUAUUUUGACAUUUUUGUUCGCACAGUUUGACCGCUAUUUUGCCGUGUGCCACCCAUUCAUCUACAGUCGCUUUGUUACAAGACAGUUUGUGAUAGGCAUUAACAUCUACUGCUGGGUAUACAAUUCGGCUCACCUGUUGGCCAGGAAUCUGUUGCCAUCUUCUAAAGCAAUACAGAUGUACGUAAUUAGCAUCGUCCUCUUUCAGAUGAUCUUGGUAACCAAAGUGGCCAUGACUAUCAAACUCUAUGUGGUUGCCAGAGUACAACUUGCCAGAGACCCUCCCAGUGCCGAAAAAGAGAGCAAGAAGGAAUCAUUAAGAAUCAUCAUCUUUGUUGUCAUAAGCUUCUUGGUGUUGUGGUGCCCCUCUUUUGUAAAUAUAAUCAUCAGAUUUACAGGAGUAGGCGGGCUGACGUCUAGGAACGAGGCCACUAAUCUGUUUGCCAUCAUGGCUCGUUUCAACGCAGUGUGCACUCCGUCUGUAUACAUCUGGGGCAGCCCGGCUCUGAGGGAAGCCAUGGUGAAGACAGUGUGGGGCAGAGUGUGCCUGAAAUGCAGAGGGAGGUAA